AUGGGACGUUCUUACGUUGAGAGUGUCGACAGAUCGUCGCAUCGCACGUUCAAGCAGAGGUUCGUUCGUCCGGACGGUCGGGUUGUUGACGAGAGGAGGAUGACAAAGUGGACUAACAAACAGCGCGGAGUGGUACCAAACGAGUGUACCGUGUCGAGAGCGCGGCAGUUGUCCACUGCUUCUGGAGAGCCCCGACUGCCUGACCCUACAGCCGGGUUCAGACAAGACAGAAGCAAGCGAAUGUCGUGUUGUCGCCUCAAGGAGGCGAAGUGGACAGACGCGUUUCCCCCGGGCCAGUAG